AUGGAUACCGACCAACAAAAUCAAAAAGAUAUAUCAAAAGUGUUCGCUGUAUUACGAGCGAAACUGAAUGCCAAAGAAAAAGAAUUACUUGAAUUGCAACGAGCUGAACCAUGUUUAUUAGCACCUGAUACUGAACAAAUAGAGACAUUACUCAAUGCCAUAUCUUCUCUUCAUUUAUCAACACAAGAAGGUUCAUUUAUUUUUGCUUCGGAUUCUGCUUCCAAUAGUUUUUCUUCAACAAGUGUGUGUUCAACUGGUGUUGAUUCGAUAAAAACUUUACCAUCAACUGUUUGGUUACCCGAAUCAAAUCAUGUUGAACAGAACGAAGAACAGAAAAAUAAAUAUCGUUUACCUAUGGUCACUCAUCUUUUUUCAUUGCCUGUUAAUGCAUUUGUAGCUUCAUCAUUAAAUAAUUCAAAAUUACCAUCGUGUGAAACAACAGUUCAACCAGAAGAUGAACCUUCAAAUCGUCUUCCCAUGGUUAGUCAAUUGUUUUCAAUGCCUAUAAAUGCUUUCAAAUCGUCAUCGAAUAUACAAACAAUGAACGAGUCUGCACUUGUCCAAAUUAAUGAUACAAAAAAAACAGUAACUGAUGAUAAAAAUAUCUUAUCAACAACAGAAGUACCAAAGAGUAUUUUAAAUCCUGGAACGAUUUAUUCAAAAGAACAUUGGCUUCGAAAAACUUCAUCAGAUGAAUCUGAAUCUAUUCCUUUAGAUUUAGAUUCAUAUAUUCAACAGACAACUGAGAAAAUGCGUCGUCUUCAUAUGGAAUACGUCGAAGCACUUGAGAAAUUAAAAACACCAUCAAAUCCAGUAGAUUCUUCAAAAACACUUAAAACCAUGUAUCCACAAAUGUUUGAUCGAAUUAAGCAAGAGAUGCCAACUAAGAACCCCACCUAG